CCAAAGAUGUCCAUUUCCUAAUGGAACUCAUCCAGAACGCAGAGGACAAUGAGUACCCGGAAGGAGUGGAUCCAUCGCUGGAGUUUGUUAUUACCUGUCGUGACAUUAAUUACAGCCACGGGGGCUCCGGCUACACUGCUUUUGUUCAAUAACGAGAAGGGCUUUUCACCCAAGAAUAUAGAGUCCAUUUGCAGUGUUGGUCGGUCUACCAAGAAGGGCAACAGGAAUCGUGGUUACAUCGGGGAGAAAGAGAAAGAAUGUGGCCAUCAAAUAAAAAUUCUUCGAACCGAUAUGGGAGGAGAAUUUUUAUCUAAUGAGUUCGGUAGUUUCUACAAGCAGAAUGGGAUCAAGAGGCAACUUACUAUAAGAAGAACUCCAGAGCAAAACGGGGUUGCUGAAAGGAAAAACAGAACAGUUGUGGAGAUGGCAAGGAGCAUGUUGAAUGAGAAGAAACUUCCACAAACCUUCUGGGCUGAAGCAGUUGCUACUACUGUUCAUAUUCUUAACCUUUCUCCAACAAAGGCCGUGCGAAAUAUGACUCCAUAUGAAGCAUGGUGGAAACGGAAGCCCAAUGUAAGUAGUUUGAGAGUUUUUGGUUGCAUUUCUUAUGCCAUGAUAGCUUCUAAUGAUCGUACAAAGAUGGACCAGAAAAGUGAGAAGUGUAUUUUUGUUGGAUAUAGUUGUGAGUCCAAGGGUUAUCGUCUAUAUAAUCCUAUUACUAAGAAGCUGAUUAUUCGUAGAGAUGUUGUUUUUGAUGAGAACAGUGCAUGGGAGUGGAAUGAAGGAAAGAUUCAGCACUUGUCAUAUGAAGAAAGUGAAUCUAGUGAGCCACAAGCAGAGGAGACGGAAGUUGGCCAACAAUCUUCUCCUACACUGAGUUCUCCAACAAGGUCACCACAAUCUGCUCCAACUCCUCAACCUCGAAGGAUGUUCACUAGAAGCAUGUCUGGUGCCAUUCUUAGGAAGGAAAAACCUUGGGAGCAAGUUUAUGACCUAGAUACUUAUGCACUUCUGGUGGCAGAACCUACUUGCUAUGAUGAGGCAUAUGGAAAACAGGAAUGGGAAAAUUCCAUGAAGGAGGAGAUAGAUUCGAUUGAGAAGAACAACACUUGGGAGCUUGUAGAUAAACCAGAAGGGAAGACUCCAAUUGGUGUGAAGUGGGUCUAUCGAGUGAAGUAUAAAGCAGAUGGGAGUGUGCAAAAAUACAAGGCAAGACUCGUGGCCAAAGGUUAUGUGCAGAAACAUGGUAUUGAUUUCCUUGAAACUUUUUCUCCUGUUGCUAGAUUUGAGACUGUUAGAUUGGUGAUAGCAUUAGCAGCUCAAAUGAAAUGGAAAAUUUUUCAGUUUGAUGUUAAAUCUGCUUUUUUGAAUGGUUGGUUGGAAGAAGAUGUCUAUGUUGAGCAGCCUGAAGGAUUCAUUGUUCAAGGCAAAGAAGGAAAGGUGUACAAGUUCAAGAAAGCUCUUUACGGACUCAAGCAAGCCCCGAGAGCCUGGUAUGGUAGACUUGAUUCAUACUUGCAUGAUAAUGAUUUUCAUCGCAAUGAAAAUGAGCCCACUUUGUAUGUGAAGGUGAAAGGAGGUGAUAUUCUCAUUAUUUGUGUUUAUGUGGAUGAUAUUAUUUACACUGGUUCUUCUAACAUUCUUAUUGAAGAAUUUAAGAAGAAUAUGUCUGCUGAAUUUGACAUGUCUGAUUUGGGGCUGCUGCAUUAUUUCCUUGGGUUACAAAUUUACCAAACUGAUUAUGGUAUUUUUGUUUCACAAGAGAAGUACGCAUUGGAUUUGCUAAAAAAAUUCAACAUGCAGAAUUGCAAGAUGUCUGCUACUCCUAUGAAUACAAAUGAGAAGUUGACAGUAGAUGAUGGAACUCCAAGAGCUAAUGAGAAGUAUUUUAGAAGUAUGGUUGGUGGAUUAAUGUAUUUGACUCACACUAGACCUGAUAUCAUGUUUUCAGUUAGCUUGGUUUCAAGGUUCAUGCAUAAUCCCUUUGUGCAUCAUCUUGGAACAGCAAAACGAAUUCUCUGUUACAUCCGAGCAACAAGCAACUUUGGAAUUUGGUACAAGCCAGUGCCUAACUUUAAAUUUCUUGGUUUUACUGAUAGUGAUUGGGCAGGUUCUGUAGAUGACAGAAAAAGCACAAGCGGAUAUAUAUUCAAUCUUGGCUCGGGUGCUGUAUCUUGGAGUUCAAAAAAGCAAGAAUGCACUGCAUUAUCUUCCUCUGAAGCAGAAUAUGUUGCUGCUUCAUCAGCUGCUUGUCAAGCAAUUUGGAUGCGAAGGAUUAUGAAAGAUUUGCAGCAAGUUCAAGAGAAGGCAACAAAGAUCUUCUGUGACAACCACUACAGCAUUUUUGCCAUUUAGCUAUGGACAAAAACCGUAGAUAUAUGAUAAAAAUCUGUAGGCAUAUGCAUCUCAAGACUUAUACCUACGGUAAAAAAAGUGUAAGUAUAUG